AAACCCAGUCUUUCCCAACAGCCCUCCCCUAUCAGCCUUUGCCUAUCAGCCUUUCUCCAAUCUCCCUCUUGUUUUAACGCCGGCUGGUUGGGUUGAACCUGCUGCUGCAGAGAGGAGCUCCUGCCCAGCCAGCACCAGCCUCUGAGGAGCCCUCUCUGCCUCCCCAGGUUCCUGAUCCCGGCGCUUGGAAGCCCUCGGUGUGAUGCCAUCCUGCCACGUGCCGAGUUUGAGGCAUCCGUCCAAGUGGAUGCUCCCCCCUCUCCUCCUCCUGCUGGCUGAGCUCGCCUGCGGUGCCCAGCCCACGUACCAGUGGAAGGAUGCUGUGACCAGCCAGAGGAUCACAUGCCAGCAGUGCCCGCCGGGGACCUUCGUGGCACAGCACUGCUCCAGGGACAGAGCCACGGUGUGCCAGCCCUGCCCGGACCUGCACUACACCCGCUACUGGAACUACCUGGAGAAGUGCCUCUACUGCAACGUCAUCUGCGGGGAGAGGCAGGUGGAGGUGCAGCAGUGCAACGCCACGCACAACCGCGCCUGCCAGUGCCAGCAGGGAUACUACUCCCACAUGGAGUUCUGCAUCAGGCACUCCGAGUGCCCGCCGGGCUCUGGGGUUGUGAAUCCGGGUACCCCCUUUGAGGACACCCAGUGCCAUGAGUGUCCUCAGGGCUUCUUCUCCUCCGACUCCAGCACCAAUCCGUGCCAGCCACACCAGGACUGUGAGCAGCAGGGGAAGGUGACCAACGUGCAAGGCAACAAGUACCACGACACCCUCUGCACGUCCUGCAUGCUGGGGAGAGGCAACAGCACACAGGGGUCAGCUGAAGGUGACGACUGCAAGCAAGCCGUGAUAGACUUUGUGGUGUAUCAGAACAUCCCCGUGAGGAAGCUGAAGCGCCUGCAGCAGAUCCUGGAGCGCUCACCGAGGAAGCAGGCACGGUGGACCAGGGCAGCCACACAGGAGAAAAUCCGGGCUUUCCUCACUCACAGGAAGGAGGAGAACUCUGAAAUCACCAAGGAGCUGCUGGACGCGCUGCGCGUGGUCAAGCUGCACUCCAUCGAGGAGAAGGUCCGCGAGCGCUUCCACCUGCCCUGAGGGCGUGAACUGGACGUUUUGGGUGCUUUUUGUUUUGGUGUUUAUCUUCUGAGGCUUCAUUAAUUUAUUCAUCUUUCCAGACAUAACUUGAAAAACAGCACGAGAGAUGAGUGAUGGAGUGGCACCACGCCACGGCAGCUGUGUCACUUGGGAUGG